GCAAUUCAACAAAAAAAUUCAGCGAUAGGAUGACCGGCUGCUGCUGCAGCUGCCAGCGCGGCUUGUCAUCCAAGUCAUGGGAUCCAUCCAGGCCCCGGACAUUUGUAUAAAUGCCGUCGAGGUCAAACUGCUUCGCUAGACGCAAUCCUUGUGUCUCUUACAACUCAAAAGUCCUGCUCGCGAAAGCUAGAACCACGCCCGCGCGGCUGGUAAUUCUGUCGACCGCGGUAUCCAGGUCCUUGCUUGGCCACACUUGAUGGCCACGGUCUGUGGAGCCAUUCUACAAUUUAUUAGGGCUAGUCGCAAUAGCGGAGCAGUCCUCUGCUCAACAAAUUCCUCGAUUUGUGGACAUGGCGACAGCUUUCAAUAUGACGACCUCAAACGCCAGUGUCAAGCCCAGCGCACUGGAGACUGCGACCGUGCCGCACCCGCUAGAGCAGCUGUCCGCGGACGAGGUGCGGCGCGCUGCCGAGGUCGUCAGGCGCUACGCCGCGGGCGCCGGGCUGGGCACCCUGCGGUUCAACACCGUCAUGCUGCGGGAGCCGCCCAAGAGGUACCAGCUGGCGUUUGAGCGCGGCGCCGUUCCCCGCCCGCCGCGUGUAGCCGAGGUGGUGCUGGUGCUGCCGCAGUCCGCUGGAGUGGCGGAGGCGCUGGUGCGGCUGGCGCUGCCGCCCGCCGCCGCGGAGGCCGCGCCACUGGGGCCGCCGCCGCCGCCCGCCUCCGUGGCGGUGUGGCCCGCCGCCUCCGCCUCCCCCUCCGCCUCCUCGCCCUCCACCCCCGGCGCUCCGUUCAUCGGGCCCGACACCGUGGCCCCGCCGUGUGCUGAGCUGGGCGCGCAGCUGCUGCUGUGGCGCAAGCUGGAGGGCGUGCACCCGCUGACCAGCCCUGACGACAACUCCGAGGCGGAGGCCAUCAUGAAGGCCAGCCCGGUGCUGAGGCAGGCGGUGGCGGAGCGCUACGGACUGAGCGAGGCCGAGAUCGACGAACAGCUGAUGUGCGACACCUGGGCCUGCCACAACGCGCCCCGCCACCUGGCCGGCCGCCGCCUGAUGCAGGGCUUCCUGUACCUCAAGCUGCGCGGCGGGCACGACAACGAGUACGCGCACCCGCUGGACCUCACGCCCAUCGUGGACCUCAACACCCGAGAGGUGGUGCACAUGGACGCGUACGACAGGCCCUGCUCCGUGCACCGCGGCCCGGACGCCACCGGCCACAACUACUCGCGCUCGCUGGUGGACACGGGCGUGCGGCCCUGGCGCGACGACAUCAAGCCCCUGCACGUGGUGCAGCCCGAGGGCCCCAGCUUCAGCCUGGAUGGCCCGGUGCUGAGCUGGCAGCGCUGGCGCAUGGUGCUGGGCUUCAACGGGCGCGAGGGGCUGGUGCUGCACAACCUCACCUACACCGACCCGCUGGCGCCGCCCGGUGCGCCGCCGCCGCCCGGGCCCGGCCGCGUGCGCCCGGUGCUGCACCGCGCCAGCCUGGUGGAGAUGGCGGUGCCGUACGGCGACCCCCAUGUGCCCUACACCCGCAAGUGCGCGCUGGACGUGGGCGACUACGGCUUCGGGCUGUGCGCCAACAGUCUGGAGCUGGGCUGCGACUGCCUGGGCCACAUCACCUACAUGGACGCAGUGGUCAACAACGCCAAGGGCGAGGCUGUGGUGAUCCGCAAGGCGGUGUGCAUCCACGAGGAGGACGCAGGAAUCAUGUGGAAGCACUGGGACUGCCGCACGGGCGCCGCCGAGGUGCGGCGCAGCAGGCGGCUGGUGGUGAGCCAGGUGUCCACCUUCAUGAACUACGAGUACGCCAUGUACUGGUACUUCUACCAGGACGGCACCAUCCACUUUGAGCUCAAGCUGACGGGCAUCUUGUCCACCAGUGUGUGCCCCGAGGGCGAGGCCGCCGCCGCCGCCCCCUUCGGCGUGCGUGUGGCCCCCGGCGUGAACGCCACGGUGCACCAGCACUUUUUCUGCAUGCGCCUGGACCCGGCCAUCGACGACACGGAGGGAGGCAGGCACGUGGUGGUGGCUGAGGUGGAGGCUGUGCCGCUGCCGCCGGGCGGCGACGACAACCCGCACCGCAACGGCUUCCGCAUGGUGGAGACGGAGCUGACGCGGGUGGCGGCGGCCAGCCGCAACCACAACUUCAACACAGCCCGGCACUGGUCCAUGAAGAACCCCUUCUCGCUCAACCCCAUCUCCGGCCGCCCCGUCAGCUAUCGCCUCAUGCCCGCAGCCAGCCCCGCGGUUAUGGCCGCGCCCGACAGCCUGGUGGCUCGCCGCGCCGAGUUCGCGCGCAAGCAGCUGUGGGUGACGCCGCACGUGGACGGCCAGCGCUACGCGGCGGGCGAGCACGUGGUGCAGAGCGAGGCGUGCAUGGGGCUGGGCGUGUGGACGGCGCAGGACGCUCCGCUGCUGGGCUCGGACCCGGUGGUGUGGUACUCGUUCGGCGUCACCCACGCGCCCCGCGUGGAGGACUUCCCGGUCAUGCCGGUGGAGGUGUGUGGCUUCUCCCUCAAGCCCGACGGCUUCUUCGCGGGCAACCCCGCAGUGGACCUGCCGCCCAGCCGAGACCCAGCCAGCAAGGAGGAGAUGGGGCGGGCAGGCGGCGCAGGCGGCGGCUGCUGCGCGCUGCCCAAGUCCAAGCUGUGAUGGAGAUAAGAGGCGGCGCGAGCGGCGAUGUGCAUCACGCAUUCCAUAUCGUAUCGGCACCAGCGCACUGGGGGCGCAGCCCUGGCGUGUCGCCUGCUGAGCGCUGCUCCACACAACACGUCACGUCUGAGCGCAAACUGUCAUACCGAGUUGAAGCAUUUCGACAUGUGACUUCAUCCUUUGAGAGAGUGGGCUGUGCGCAUGUGUGCGCCUGCAUUCCUCUUUGUGGGCGUGGCACGUGCCUGUGCAACUCGGGUGUGGCCGCGCCCCGUCGACGGCAUUGAGAUUGCUGCCGUGUGUGCGUGUGUGUGCUCAAGGGAAACAGAGCGAGUGCCCAUUCAGGGAGACCUUUGGAUUGCGUUGAGGCUUGAAGGGAGACGGCUGAGGAGCGGGGUGCUCAGAGCGGUGAGCAUAAAGAGGGGCCGAGGGGAGGGGAGCUGCUACACAGGUUUGGGUGCAAGCGAGCAGGGAGUGUGGCGCAUUGUCAACAGAGGGCUUGCACUAAAGCAUCUUGUCUUGUAUUCUAAUCGUAUCUGCUUAGUGCAUGUGGAAUAGCCGGCCAGGGCUUUCUGCUGUACCGCCUGUACCCGUGUACCACCACAACCACACACCUGAUCAGGGCCCGCCUGUUUCUUGUGGCCCUUGCAGCAGGAAUUCUUGAUUGCUCUUUAGCACUCGUAGCAUCCCUUUUGCUGUUCUAUCGUCAGAAGGCAAAGGUGGGGCCAGACCACCGCAGCCAUGACAUGUUGGUUAUUAUACUUGGCCUGACGGAGGGGAGGAACUAUUGUUGCAGGGGUUCAAAACGGGACUGCGUCUGCCUCGCGGCUGUUAGGUCUGCGUGUUUGCGAGAGUGUGAGCAUAGGGUGGCACGUUCCAAAUGUUGCGUGUGUCUUGUAUGCUGCCUGGGGCCAGUGUGCCUGGGGCACAGGCGGGCGGACGAGUGGUGCCGGCGGUAGGGAUUACGCUGGAUGUGACGCCGGCGCGGCUGGGGCAGAUGCGGUGGGUUGACGGCGUGGGCGGCGGCUGGCGGGAGGCGGGGGGCAGAUGGACGUGUGGAUCUUUGCUAAGCGUCCGUGAGCAUCAUUGAGUUGGAGCACACCUGUGUUGUUGUAUUUUAACUACCACAGAAACCACUGAAGCU